GCUCUACUCUAGCUCUAAACUCUAGUUUAAGAAGUUAAAGGUUUUAAUUCGGAUUAGGGUUCUGAGUUUAUAGAGAUGGUUCCAAACCCGUUUGGAUUAACGGUGAACGGCGGCGCCAGCGAGGACAAGUCGUCGGAGAUGGAAAUUCAAAACCCUUCGGAUAUCUCCGCUUGGGUUGACUCCAUGCUGUCCGAUCUCCCAUCCGCGGACACGUGGACGGACCAGAUCUUCCCGCCAGUUAAGAGACCCGAGGAAGCGGCGGAAGGUGACGGGAUCCGGCUGGUGCACUUGCUUAUGUCCGCCGCCGAAGCGGUGGAGCUCGGCGACGCUGGUCACGCCGGAACGCUAAUCGAGGAAAUGCGCCGCCUCCUGACAAGUGUCGGCACCGGCUUUGGCAUCGGCAAGGUCGCCGCUCACUUCAUCGAAGCGUCAACCACUGCCUCCACUCCCACCACCACCACCACCACCUUCGCUACCUCGACGGAAUUCGAGAUGUUACACUAUUACUAUUAUGAAGCUUGCCCUUACCUCAAGUUCGGUCACUUCACCGCGAAUCAAGCCAUCCUCGAAGCAUUCGACGGCCACGAUCGCGUCCACGUCAUUGACUUCAGUUUGAUGCAUGGCCUCCAAUGGCCGGCGCUAAUCCAAGCUUUAGCUCUCAGACCCGGUGGGUCCCCUUCUCUCCGACUCACCGGAAUCGGACCACCAUCUCUAGACGGCCGUGACUCGCUCCGCGAAAUCGGGAUCCGACUCGCGGAACUCGCUCGGUCAGUUGGAGUCCCGUUUGCUUUCCGCGGAGUGGCAGCGAGGAAGCUCGACGACGUGCAGCCGUGGAUGCUCAACGUGGUGGCCGGGGAAGCAGUGGCGGUCAACUCGGUGAUGCAGCUUCACCGAUUGCUCGGUGACGAAGGUGCCGCGCCGGCGCCCAUAGACUCAGUGCUCGGAUGGAUACACGAGCUCCGGCCGGAGAUCGUCACCGUCGUAGAGCAAGACGCGAACCAUAAUAAACCGGGUUUCGCGGACCGGUUCACGGAGGCGUUGUUUUACUACUCGACCGUGUUUGACUCAUUGGAGGCGAGUCGCUGCGGAGGAGCGGUGGUGGCGGCGGCGGAGGAGUAUCUGAAGCGGGAGAUAAGGGACGUAGUGUGUUGUGCAGGGAGUGAGAGACAUGAGCCGUUGGAACAGUGGAGGGCCAGAUUGGGCCGGGCCGGGUUUCGGGCUGUUAAUCUCGGGCCCAAUGCAAUAAAACAGGCAAGGAUGCUGCUCAGCCUCUUCUCCGGCGAAGGGUAUUGUGUUGAGGAGAAAGGUGAGUGCUUGAGUCUCGGCUGGCACGGCCGCCCGCUCGUCGCCGCGUCGGCCUGGCGAGCUGCUGAAAUUAACAACGGGCCUGUUAGAACUGUAGAACAUGGUACUAGUGUUUCUAAUACUUAUAAUAGUAGUGAGAGUAGCAGUAGUUCAUACCAAGAGUAUAUGCAUUAGAUGUACACUAUCAUGGUCUUCUGAGAAGAAUGUUUAUCAUCUUUGGCUAUUUGAACCGAAGGGGAAAAUUGUCAUU